GCGACCUUGGCCAGACGAACUUUAGCGCUGCCACCUGUCGCGAUGUUGCACGUGUCCAUGCCAAUGAGGGCCUGGACCUUGGUGUGCUGGUAGGAGAUCUGUCCUAUGCCGACACAAAUGCCAGCAGGUGGGAUUCAUUCCAGCGCAUGUUCGAUACAUCUGGCUGCGCCGACAUUCCCUGGGUGGUGCUGCCCGGCAAUCAUGACUGCCAGGGGCCUCGGGAAAUCGAGCCAGAUGAGAUCACAGGUGAGCCCUUCCUGCCCUUUCGCGUCCGCUGGCGGACGCCACAGGUUCAAAGCGAGGAGGUGGCCGCGUUGUUGGCCUCUGAGUGUCAACAGGAUGCCCUUGGCAAGUGGCCCUGUGGUUCAGACGUAGACGCCUGGCAACACUGGGCGACCUACGACCUUCCGCUGCGCUUUGACUUCGGCGGCUCUUUUUUCGGCUUGGAGGCCAGAAGUGAAUUCAACGCUGGGUUGGUUGUGGUUAAUCCAGGGCAUGCAGCCACGCGUAGCCGCGACGAGGUGCUGACACAUGUAGCUACCCGAAACUUGCGCUCGGCGGCAGAGCCUUUGCUCCUGCCGGACAAGAUGGACCUGGUUUUCUCUGGCCACGUUCACGCAUACGAGCGUUCCUUUCCCAUCGACGGAGUGCAGCAUUUCGUUGUCGGUCACGGUGGCAACAUGGAAGCACUCUACAAUAGCUGGCAGCCCAGCGCCACGUCAGCGUUUCGCGCAGCAGACCACUACGGCUGGGGCCUCCUCCACCUUCGUCCUCGCCGACUGGGGCCCUCCUCCUUCACGGCGAGGCGCGCGGUUGACGGUGCCGUGAUGGACUUCGUGGAGUUCUGGCCCCGCAACCAGUCCGCUGUGGUGGAGCCCGCCACAGAUUCUGGGAAUGGCAACAUCAUUGGAUCGGUCCUUGGCGCGUGUCUGAUGAUUUGUCUUUGCGCCGGCUGCUGCUUCUACCGGCGCGCCCGUGUCAGAGCUAGCUACGAGGAGAAGAGCUCCUUGCGAAGGGAAGCUGUGACCCUCGGCGUUGUGAGCUGA